AUGUCCAGGUCCAGGCCCAGGUCCAGGUCCAGGUAUCACGCAUCAGGGCGCCUUCCAAUGAAUAAAGACGUUGCAGAAACAUUCCUUGAGGGAAUUGCCCACGAACAGCAGCAGGAUGUGGAGCAGACGGCCAAAUUGUUAUCCACAGUCUCGCUACCGAAAUUGGUCAGUGCAGGUUUAGCUAUAAACCAUCUUCAAUUGGACAAUGUUAGAACAGGGAUUGGUGGUAAGCUCUAUCUAGAACUAUCGCCAGAUCCAGCAAUUACGAAAGAGUUCAAUUCAGGUUCGUUUAAAGUCGGCGAUAUAGUGAUGGUACAACCGUCAGGCGGUAAGUCAUCGAAGAAAGAUGACUCUGAGAAGUUGGACGCAGUUGUCUCCAAAGUGACAAGCACGCAGAUCAUCCUUGCAGUUGACGAAUCAAAGGACCAGGAUGCGAUGAAACUUUACUCGUAUAACAGAUUGACCAUCGUCAAGACGACAAAUACAAUUACCUAUAAGAGAAUGGAGUCGACCAUGAGGAAACUAGGGGAAUUUGAGAGUUUGCCGGAUAACGUAUUGAUCCAGUAUUUAUUGCACCAGCGAGAGUUCAUUAAGAGAGACCCGGAACCCAAUGUGGUAUUCCACAACGAUAUGCUCAAUGAGUCUCAACAAAACGCCAUUAAAAAUGCGUUGUUUAACGAAAUUUCCAUUAUACAUGGGCCGCCAGGAACCGGUAAGACUCAUACGCUAGUGGAGUUGAUUAAGCAACUAUACGAUAGAGGCGAGAGAGUGCUCGUGUGCGGGCCAUCGAAUAUCUCCGUCGAUACCAUUUUAGAAAGAUUGAACAAAGUGAUUCCUGGUGAUGAGUUGUUGAGAAUAGGGCAUCCCUCUAGGUUACUUCCGCAAGUCUUGUCUCAUUCGCUUGAUGUGAUAUCGAAAAGCGGUGACUCUGGUGCGAUAAUAAAAGAUAUAAUGAAGGAGAUUGAUGACACGAUAGGUAGCGUUAAGAAGAUUAAAUCAAGCAGAGAUCGGAAGAAAGGUUGGCAAGAGGUUAAACUCUUGAGAAAAGAGUUGAGGCAAAGAGAAAAGAAUGGAUUGAUUAAUAUCAUAUUGAAGAGCAAAGUGAUUGUUUGCACGUUGCACGGAUCCAGCUCGAGGGAGCUUCUCCGAGCGUACGAUGUGCAACCCAAACUAUUCGAUACUUUGAUUAUAGAUGAGGUGUCGCAGAGUUUGGAGCCUCAAUGUUGGAUUCCGCUCAUUUCCCACAUUCAAUCAGACAUGCAUAGAUUGAUUAUUGCAGGUGAUAACAAACAACUUGCACCAACAAUUAAAACUGAAGAUAAUGAUAAAGUAAAGAAAUUGCUAAGUACGACUGUGUUUGACAGACUUGUUGAGCAUUAUGGAGACAGCUUCAAAUAUUUAUUAAACAUACAAUACAGAAUGAAUGAAGAGAUUAUGGAAUUUUCCUCCAAGGAGCAAUACGAUGGGAAGCUUCUAGCAGAUAAAUCUGUAGCGAAGCAAACAUUGGCCGAUUUGCCAGAUGUGGAAAGCAAUGACGAUACCAAGUUCCCUCUAAUAUGGUACGAUACAGAAGGAGAUGAAUUUCCAGAAAGAUCUGAUGAAGACGAUAACGAUUCGGAUGAUAGUUUCCACUUGAUGUCAUCAAGGUACAACGAAAAUGAAGCAUACUUGGCAUUGUAUCAUGUUAAUCGAUUGAUUGAAUCAGGAGUAACGGAGGAGAGUAUUGGUGUCAUUUCGCCUUAUAAUUCGCAGGUGUCUCUAUUGAAGAAAUUGAUACAGAAAAAGUACCCCAACAUAGAAAUUUCGACAGUGGACGGAUUCCAAGGCCGUGAAAAGGAAUGCAUUGUGCUAUCCUUAGUUAGAAGUAACCCCAAUUUCGAAGUUGGGUUCUUGAAAGAUGAGAGAAGACUGAACGUCGCCAUGACAAGACCCAGAAGACAACUAUGUGUUAUCGGCAACAUCGAAAUGUUGUCAAGAUCGCGCGUACCAUUUCUUCAGAGAUGGGCCCAAUGGUCGGAGGCUAACUCCGAAAUUAUCUAUCCAGACCCAAGUAUACUUUAUUCAUUAUAUACGUAG